AAAAGGGAUGAUUGUAAUGAAAAAGAGUCAGGUUUUUACAGUGAUGUUACUUAUGGUUAUGGUCCAGUCAGGUCUGGUGAGAGAGACGCUGGGACACCCAUGUGGUCGUACAUUUUUGUCGGCUUUGAUUCAGCUAGUGCCGUGUAGACCAUCAGUGGCUCCGUUUAGCACAUUGCCUCCGAACGGGCUAUGUUGCGCUGCCAUCAAGACACUUGGUCAACCUUGUUUAUGCGUUCUUGCCAAGGGACCACCCAUCGUUGGCGUUGACCGGACCCUCGCUCUCCAUUUACCUGGAAAAUGUUCUGCCAAUUUUCUUCCAUGUAAUUAAUUUCAUGUCUCUUGUUAUCAGUUAUUUGGAAUAAUUUCUCUAGAAAAUCACAAAAUGACAAAGUUUCUUUAGGAUCACUAUAUAUAAGAGAUACAGAUAAAACCUAGAAGAAUAAUCCUAAUGUAAUCUACAAGAGAUGGGUAAUUUUCCCUUCAAUAAAGGAAACGC